CAGCCAAUGAGCCGCACCUGCAGCCGUCUACAACAACAAGAGUUGCCCACGCGCUGGCCCUGCACGCCCACGCACGCACGCACGUACGCACGGACACAUCCUGUCACGUCACGCCCGACCUUCCAAGCGCACGAUGGCUUUCAAAGGCAGCAACGGCGUGGCCGUGGAAAGACGCGUGGAUCUGGCGUCCCUCUUCUGCAUGAUCGGGCGACACGGCCCCGCAGUGGCUCUCGUCGUGUUCGCCAUGGUGUCCGUGCUGGCGGGUUUGGUCAUCUACCGAACCGUGAGGGGGAGGAGGAGGAAGAAGAAGGCCGCCGAACGAGCAGAGGGAAAGAACCCCCCCGCGGAAACCGACGAGGCGGCGACUCAAGAUGGGCGAGAACAGCAAGCGUGUGCGGCUUCAACAGAUGUUGGUGAUGUGGCAAACGAGGAUGAUUAUGACUCCACUGGGACUCUCCUCAAAGUCAGACAUCGUACGACUGCGGCUGCUGAGAAGAGCCUGUCACCCUGGGCAUCUGACGUCCAAGUACCGGUCGACCAACAUGCUACAUUACCGCACACACAGCGAGUGGAGUCUGUGCCGUCGUCUUUCAGAGAAAUCCAGGUGUACUUGGAGGAGCCCAGUCGGAGUCUGCAAAGUGUUGGGGCAGAAAUACAAGGGGAAUCUGCUACUGUUUGCCACCUAUAUUCAACAGAUGACUCAUUUAGGGAUGAAGGGAUUUCAGAAGGCAGCUUGAAGAAGCCUGAGUCCAUUCGGGAUCAGAUCUGCCAUGAAGAAGUCGACAAUGGAGAAAACCAAGUUCACAAGUCUGUGACCACAGAUGAGGAUUUUUCUGACAACAAGAAAACCAGAAAAGAAGAGGAAACCUCUCAGCCUUGGUCAAGUAACCAAGUGUGCUUUGAGCAAACCCGUGCCAUCAGAGAAGCUGAUCAUGACAAACAAGACAACAAAACCACAGCAGAAAGUGGAACAGUGGAACUCGACAUUGAAGAACAUGUAAUGUCAACAGACAAGAGCCUAAAGGAUGAGUUUGAGGAGGUGAUUCAACAUCAAGACGGUGCCGAUCCUAGUGUAUGUUCCUCUGAUCACUUCGCUCCAGAAGAGGGAAAGAAACAUGCAGUCAUCAAUGAAGAGCAGGAGAGAGAGGAUGACCGCAACAGUACUCUGGCUGCUGAAGCAACUGAAGCAGAUUCAGAUGGCUUGAAGACCACAGCUGUUGAUUUUGAUGCUCGGUCACCACCGUUGGAUAAUCCAGAAAUCCAGGUCGAACGUAAAGUGGAACACAGCCUGACAAGCAACCAAGAGAUGGACCACCUUCCUGAUAGUGAGCUAGUAGAGAGUUGCAAUAUUGUUAGCAGCAGGGAAGAUGUAAGUUCAAGUGUCCCACCUAUGGUUGACAAUGAUAUGCCAGGCAUCACCUCUAAAGCAGCACCCCAAAUUGACUCAGUUUCAGAUGUAUCAACUAAUGAUCAACAAGCACAGAAAGAAGUUCCAACUGUGGAUGAACCUCCAAUGCCAUCAGAUGACACUGAAAGCCUCUGUGAAAUUAUUGAAAAAGCUACAACCGCUACACAAGAUGAGGCGCCUGUUGACCAUAUUUGUGAACACCACAAUUUGUCUUUUGAAAAUCAAAGUGUUCAAGAACUUGACCACAAUGCUUUGAAAACGAUAAGUGUUGGUUUCGCUCCUGACCCAUCUUGUGACAUUGAAGCAUCCAUCUACGAAGACCAGUAUGGUGACAACACGAAGGCCACAACUUUCGAGCAGCCGAGGUUCGAUUCGCCAGGUGACACAGAUGCCAGAGACGAUAACUUUCAUGAGGACAUUGCGUCUUCCUCUCAAGAUCAACAAAAUGAUCAAAAUGCUGACGAUUUUUCCUUUCUCACCGCUCCUGUCAUGACCGAAGGUACAAUGAACCCACCCAAGCUUCAAAUUUGCCUACCGCUCUUUGAGCCAAGCAAGCUGAGGCAUAACAUAUGUGGUGGGGGUGAAGAAAGCGGGAUUUCCAGCAUGGCUGUCAGUCCUGAGUUGCUCGAUCCUGGGAUUAACUUUGACACCAUUGGGAUACCAGCGAAGGCUCAGGAGUCACAUGCUGAGGCGAAGCUGGAGCCUCAAACUUGCCUUUUGGUUGACGAUGCAACUCUAUCAGGCUUGGAGGAAGAUGUGGUGGUGUAUGAGCCUCACACAGUUGCACUGCCAGUGCAGCCCUGCAGUCAAAUCAUAGACUCUGCUAAUGAUGAGUCAGUGGCAGCAAACGAGGGCAUGUUUGGCCAUGUUAUUGAGCAAGGCAACCAAAGAGAGACAGACAAGUUUACAGUGCCGGUCCGAAGUGAUGAUUGGGAAAGACAGGCAGAAAUGAAAGUUGCUGUGGUUUCAGGUGUUAAUGAGAAAUUGGAAUGUGCAGAAAACAAAGAGGCAAAGAUGGAAAAAGAUGAGGACUAUGCGAAGACUGAAAUAAAUAUCAUGGAGGCAACAAUGGACCAUAAUGAGUGGAUCACAGAUGGUAACCCGAACUUUCCUUGGCUGAUUCUCUCUUUGCCAUCUUUUGGUGGUGAGAACCACACAUCAUCCCAGCAGCUUCCCACUGAAGAAUCAAAUCACCCAGAUUCAGAGCAUCAAUCUCUUCCUCAAGUCAAACAAAUUGAUGGAUGGGAUUUUGAAGAAAACAUGAAGAGCAAAAAAGUCAAGGUGACCUUCCGUGUCCACUACCUCACCCAUUCACUGUUCCAGAUGUUGGCUGUAACAGGGGACCAGCAGGAGCUUGGGAACUGGAAGGGGUUCAUCCCUCUCGAGAGCACCAAAGAUGGAUACUGGAUGGCUGUGGUGAGCCUUCCUGCUGAUAACCAUGUGCAGUGGAAGUUUGUGGUAGUAGAAAAGGGGGAGGUGUGUCGCUGGGAAGAAUGUGGCAACCGGCUGCUCAAUACGGGAUGUGGCAAAGACGUGCUUGUGCACAAAUUGUGGGGAUUUCUGUGAGAAGUGAUGGGGAAAUGAUCAUGAGGCCUGUUUUAACUUGGCACUAAGUAAGACCUACGAAAUUACAUCGAAAUGGUAACUGUAUGUUUUCACUGCGAAAUAAAAACAUUUUCUGUAUUUAAAAUAUUACUAUGGGAUAUUUUAAAAUUGGGGGAAAAGGAUUGGUUACAACAAUUGUGGAAGCAUACUCCCAUAGAUGUCUGCUGAAUCAGUUGUUGUCAGGGUAAUAAUGAUUGGAUCGUCAGUCUUUGGGUGGUUUCACACACACGCACACACGUCACAAUGUUGCAUUCGAACGAAAUGAGAGUAACAUUUUCAUGCAAAUAGGCUCCACAAUAUGUAAAAGUUUACACCCUUUUGAUUGCUUGACUUUCAAAUGUUGCAUUAUGCACUGUCCAACAAGCUAAUGUUAUCGUACUGCAUUCAUGUCUUCCUGUAGAAAUUAGCCACAGUUUUUUUUUUUUCUUUUUUUUUUCUCUCUUUCCCCCCCUCAAGUAUCCAUGUGUGUGUCUGGUAAAUAGUAUGGACACAUGCACAUUGUGUUCCCAACACUUCUGCAAAACCAUGGUACAGUUGCUUUGCUAAAUAAUGACAGUACAAGCAAUUUAUUGUUAUUCUCAUUGAGGUAAGACUAUUUCCUAACAUGGGUUUCCUAAAAAAAAAAAGCUUGAAACUGUCUAGGUUACCUAUAGUAGUCUCAUGCAAAGGCAAUAUCUGUGAAUUAUGCAAUAAACAGCUUUUUAAACUGUGCAAGUUAAAUUUGGCAGAGAGGUUGAAAAAGCGUAAACUGCAAUACUGUUUAUGGUGCCGGAAUGUGCACAGUAUGUGAAAACAAGCAGUUCACUUUUAUACUACGACAAUAAUCAAAGCAAUAACUGGUGUGCAUCAAAGACCAGCUAUUUUAAACGAGGUGUGAUGCUGCUUUUUGACCGAAUGCAUGUCCCAUCGUUGCUCUAUAUACUAGUGCCUUGUUAAACAUAGUUUUUUUUGCUUGUUUUUUUUCCCCCACAAGUGGUUUUUAAUGUAUUCUUCAUUCAAAAUAUUAUGCAAUCUUGUGAUGUUACUGUUUGAUAUACAUAACUUUUCAUCAGUGAGGAUGUGUCACUGCAAAUGCAUUUAUUAAAGGCCAGUUAUUUGAAA